GAAGAGAAGCUACAGAGUUCCUAUAUGUGAAGCACAUUUGAAGAGCACACCCCAACCACAAACAGCUUAGAGUGCACAAGAUUCAACGAGUAAAACAUUAUGAACAUGAGUAUCGGACAACGACAUGCGAAGAGAUAAGCAUCAUGUCUGUGCAAGGUGGCAUAGCAAUCUAUCCCUCAGGAGUCAAUGAUUCAGACAACAAUCAAAGCACAUGCAGGAUACAUCCUGAAGAAAGCAAUGAAACCAUCUUGCCUUGGCUCUAUCUCUUUUUGGCUGUCCUGGGCCUUCCAACCAAUGGGAUAGUCUUGGUGGAUCUUUGGAGAUCAGAGAGGACACCCACUGUCAUCUUCACUUUGAAUAUAAUUGUGUCGGACCUGCUGAUUUGCUGCAGUUUUUUCUUCAGGAUAGCCUACUACAAAGAGAACAUCAAUUGGCUAUCUGGAUCUCCAGCCUGCAAUGCAGUAGAGCUGAUCAAUUUUUCUUGCUUCUACAUUAACCUCUAUUGUAACAUGAGCUUCCUUUUGUGGACCAGCAUCAAUCGCUAUGCCACGGUGGUAAAACCAGGCUACGCUUUCUUUCGGAUCUUUAAACGUACUCUGUCUAGUUGGAUCCUCUGCUUUUCUACCUGGUCGGUUAUCACCACAGUCGUCAGCACUAGCAUGGGACUUAAACUGAGUCUACAAAUCAACGGGACCUGCUUUGACCAAGUUGUCAACAGUUACAUUCUCUAUCGAGGUCAAUUCAAAACUAUCCACUGUGUUGGUGUUUCAGCAUUCUUCUUCAUUUUGUGCUUGAUGUUGGUCAGCUAUAGCCUGCUGGUCUUCCAUCUGCAGAAGGUGAGGGGAGCUAGAUUUGGACCCGGAGGAACUCUAAAGGUUCGCAGAAAGAUCCUGGCCUCAGUCAUAAUGUUUGUCCUAUGCUUCCUACCCUACCAUGUGCAAAGGAUCAUCUUAUUAUUAACAUCAGAUAAUGAAAACUGUCAAGCAAAGUACAGGAUAAAAACAAGCACCAUCUUCAUUGCAGCUCUUAGCUGUUGCCUGCAUCCCAUCCUUCAGCUGGUGUUUCGUUUGCGCUGCUGUCGGGCAAAUCGCAACACCAGGGUCAAACCCAAACCUGAAGCCUCCAAGAGCCUGGACACACCUCAGAUACAUACUAUACAUGUGACCGAAAACAUUGAAGAACCGCAGAAAAAUGGAACUGAAUUAAGCCAUGAACCAAAGAAAAAUGAAACUGAAUGAAGCCACCAACCAACACAGUUCUGAAGAAUUUGGUUUGCAACUUUGCAUUUCCUGUGUGACGCAUUCGGCAUACUGUGAAACAUGCUAACCUCAGGGAGCUGUGU